AUGUCUUCCGACGACCCUCUGUCACAGUCGGAUGAUGAAUUGUUCAACCCAAGAUACAAGCCUGCCCACGAGACUGUCGAGACACUUCCGCUCUAUAGAGCCACCAUGACUGACGAUGACUCGGACAUCGAGACCUUGGCGACUCUGCCGGUCAAUCGUCCUGGCGUAAAAUCUCAAAAGGUGGAAUCGACCCGACAGACACAGCCGACCCAAAUUAUUGAUCGAGCCGCUGCGACGAUGUCCUCCUCUCCCUACAAGUCUGGAGUCAUCCAGGUCACUGCGUCCUCCCCAAUGAAUACCCCUAAUAUGCAACGGAAACCGACAGGUAUACUGGCGAGUGCUAUGGCCCCCGCAGGCACUGUGUUCAGGAAACCAUAUGUUGCGCCUCAGCCUCGUCCUACCCCCGUAACAAUUGACAGCGACGAUGAAGGGCCGGCGUAUCGGGGAGGGUCCUCAGACAGCGAUGGCCGGGGUACACGAUCAAAUGAUAUCAAAACAUCUACAUUUGUGCGGAAGAAUAAGUCUCCAGCAAAAAUUCCUGAAUCUCCACAGACCGAAAACAGCGCGUUGGCUCGUUUUAUGGAAAUCACUGCACGAUCCAUGUUUACAAGCUCUCCAAACUCAACGUCAUCUGCUGGGUCGAGCGGAGUGAAACGCUCCGCUGAUGUCAAUGCGAACGCUUACGGCGGCGUUUCAAAGAGACCUCGACAGACUGGGCCUGCACGUGCACUACCCGUGGCAUCCUCUCCACCAGCCAAGCAGCAAGAAGAGAUGGAGAUCGAUGAUAUCGGUGACUAUAACGCGAGGCAACGGGUGAAGCGACUAAUGUCGAUGCUCCGUGCAGUGACAGUCAGAGAAUGCUACGAAGUCCUGAUGUCAAAGAAUGGAGACUACGACGCAGCCGCCGAAGUGCUUCUUUCGAGAAGUGAGAAACGACAAUCUCAGCCAAAGAACAGUGCUGUUGAUCUGACUGGUUCGGACGACGAGCUGAUGCCGACUCCUGCAGCCAGCCGAUCCGUACCUCAGCAUCCAGGUAUGGGGAGGCAACACGCCAAGGUGCCUCAGAAGAGCAUUGUACAGAAGUGGAGCUCCACUCAGAAUGUCAGAAAGCCGUCCAAGACAAUAGAUGUCUUCGAAACCCCGCCUCCGCGGAAAAAACGAACCUUGGUACGUGGCAGGAAACAUUCCUCUUCUCCUCAGCCCCUGCCAGCAGAGGUUAUACGAAAACCAAAACCCAUAGUCACCAUACAAUCGGACGAGUCCGAUGCCGUAGGCUCAGCGCUCACCUCGGACGACGAGGGUAGAACAACUUUCCAAAGCCGUGUCCUUGAUCUGUUCAACACAUGCUCUGCAGCAGAUUUGGCUGACAUUGCCUCCAUCACCCGCGACCUCGCCGAACAUAUUGUGUCCAAACGGCCCUUCAAGAGUCUCAAUGCCGUCAGACAAAUUGAGGAUCCGAAACUGAAGCCUACCAAGACUAAACGGAAGACGGCGCCAGUCGGUGACAAAAUCGUCGACAAGGUUGAAGAUAUGCUCGAGAGCUAUGAGGCUGUUGACUACCUCGUCAAGAAGUGUCAAAGUCUUGCCAAACCAUUAUCUGACGAGAUGAAGAGCUGGGGGGUCAAAUUCACCGGCUCUCAACAGGGAGAAUUGGAUCUCGCCACUCUGCAAGCCCCACGCCCGAGCCAUGAUUCUGGUAUCGGAACACCUGUCAGCGACGAUGAGGACAUCAAGCGCACCGGGCAGAAGAAAUUCAUCCGCCAGCCUUCAAUCAUGGCGGACGACAUACAAAUGAAGGACUAUCAAGUGGUUGGCCUCAAUUGGCUGAGUCUGCUCUACAAGAAGGGGCUGAGUUGCAUUCUCGCUGAUGACAUGGGGCUGGGAAAGACUUGCCAAGUCAUUGCCUUCUUGGCCCAUCUUUUGGAGCAAGGAAACAGGGGACCCCAUCUUGUUGUGGUACCUGCAGCGACUUUGGAAAAUUGGCUGAAAGAGUUUCAACGGUUCUGCCCAGCACUGCACGUCGAACCAUAUUAUGCAACAAAUCCUACUGAGCGGCUGACGCUGAGAGAAUAUCUCGACGACAACCGCGAUCAAGUUAAUGUCAUUGUCACCACCUAUACCAUUGCCAAGGGGAAAGACGAUGCGCCCUGGUUGCGAAGCUUCGGAUUUGACUGUACAAUCUAUGAUGAAGGCCAUGUGCUGAAAAAUGCCGACUCUCAGGUUGCCAGCAAGCUGGUCAGAAUUCAGUGCAAUUUCCGCCUCUUGCUCACGGGAACUCCAUUACAGAAUAACUUGAAGGAGCUCAUCUCGCUGCUCGGUUUUCUUAUGCCGGCUCUCUUUCGAGAGAAGGCGGACGCGCUGAAGAAUAUUUUCACCCACAAUUUCAAGGCGCUGGAUAACAAUCACGAAAUGCUUCUAUCUGCGCAACGGAUCCAACGGGCGAAAAGCAUGCUCACUCCAUUCAUUUUGAGGCGGAAGAAAUACCAAGUCCUUAAGGAUCUGCCUAAGAAAGAGCGAAAGGUGGAAUUCUGUGACCUGAGCCCUGAACAAUCCGAGCUCUAUCAGAUGUGGCUUGAUAAGGCCUACGAGAUCCGUGCGAGGCGAGAAAGAGGCGAGAACGUGAACCAAGAGUCUACAAAUAUCCUGAUGAAAUUGAGGUUCGCGGCCAUUCACCCCUUUCUCUUCCGCCGCCUCUAUUUGGAUAAGCAGCUGCCUGUCAUUGCAAAACAAUGCUUGAAGGUGGAGCAAUGGCGCGAAUCGAAUCCCGAUCUUAUUGUCACUGAACUCCUUGAAUACAGUGAUAUGGAAAUUCAUACCUUGUGUGACAAACAUUCGCCGCUUCGCCGCUUCGCACUGAAUGGUGACGAGUGGCGCGCCAGCGGCAAAAUCCAGAAGAUGAUCGAACUAUUGCAACAGUUCAUUUCUGAAGGUCACAGGACGUUGAUAUUCAGCCAGUUUGUGAUGGUCUUGGACAUUCUCGAGUUGGCUCUGGAACGCGAGGGCAUCAGCUCAUUCCGACUUGAUGGUGCCACCAAAGUAUCAGAACGACAGGACCUGAUUGAUGAGUUUUCCGCCGAUGAUAACGAUACCCCGGUCUUCAUGCUCAGCACCAAAGCAGGUGGAGCUGGUAUCAAUCUCGCCAAAGCAAAUAAGGUCAUCAUCUUCGACAGCGGCUUUAACCCACAAGAUGAUAUCCAGGCGGAGAACCGAGCCCACCGCAUUGGACAAGAGAAAGACGUCGAAGUCAUUAGGUUAAUUUCUCGGGGUACGGUGGAAGAACAAAUCUAUGCAAUGGGUCUCACGAAGCUGAAGCUUGAUGAACAAGUCGCUGGUGAUGGAGAAGAAGAGCCACCAAAGAAGGAUAACGAAGAAACAGAAAAGGAGGUGGAAGGCCGGAUGAUGGUCGAGGAGAUGUUUUUCAAGAAGAUCGAUGCCGAGCCCCUGGAGCAGGUCAAGGCUGAGGUCACUAGCCCCGUCAAGCAAAGGUCGGACCGGCAUUCACCAAUCCCAGAUAUAGUGCAUGUGGACGUUGAGGACGUGUAUACAGCCAGCCAUGGACGAAAGGGGAGCGUUGACCUGCCAAAUCGAACGAGAGUUCGCAGUGGGAAAGUGGAAGCCAAAGAUUGA